CUAAUUUGGAAAUCUGCACUUUGGAAUGUGCUCACCAGCAAAGCCGGCUUUAAUCAUACCAGAACCCUGAAUAAAUAAAUUUUUGACAGAAAAUUUAAAUUUGAAUUUUACAUUAAUUUACAUAAAAACUAAUUGAAAAACAUUUAAUUUUGGUAUUAUAAGGUGUGACAAAAUGAAGAUCAUUUCUGCACCCGAAGUGGACAUGUUGCUUGUUUCGCAGAGUUCCCGCAAUCAACGUAAAUCUAUAAUGAAUUUUGCUCCUAGAAUUGGAUUAGCUGUAGUUGAUUAUGGGCGUUCACAAGAAAUUGAUAAUUUCUAUUUGGAUUGUCAAAAUUUCCGCGAUUAUUAUCGAGAUCCUUACAACAAAUUGCCACGGCCAGUCGUAUUUAAGAGACACUAUGGUAAAUGCGGCAGCAAUCGAAAUCCUGAUAAAUCAAGUGAGCAACUACUUCUACCCACUCGAUGGGUGGCUGACAGACAACCAGUCACUUUCCCGUUAAAUUAUAGUAGACAUAUGUCAUUAGACGAAGGAAUACGUUUAGGUGGACUAUAUGAUUCAGCUUCGUGCAUUAAAUAUAAACGUUAAGAAUAUGCUAACAAAUUAUUAUACAAAAUUUAUUAUAGUAUUAAAUCUUGGCUUUAAUAAUACUCAUAAUCAUUUGUUAACCACCCAAUUUCUUUAAUAAAGGGUUUAG